GUCUCUUCCUCCUCCUCCUUUCCCACAUUAGUCACCGCUGGUUUAGCACGAUAAACCAGUAUUUAAUCAUCCAAUUCUUGACUCGGGCACGGGAUUGAAAAUAAGGAACAACGCUUCUUUUGUAGCCCUGCAAAUUUAAUGUUAAGCGUAGAUCGCUAGUCUCCAAAAUGUGUUAGUUGAGAAAUAGAGAAGUAUAAUGAGAAUGCCUUCUCCUCCCACAUCUUUCCUGCCUUAGGGGGAGGACGGCCAAGCUUUUACCGAUCUUCCCCGAUUGCAAAUGCUAGACCCCUUUGCUGAUGCAACUAAGGGUGACAACUUACUCCCAGCAGGGACUGAAGACUACAUCCAUAUAAGGAUUCAGCAACGGAACGGCAGAAAAACAUUAACGACUGUUCAGGGAAUUGCUGAUGACUAUGACAAAAAGAAACUGGUGAAAGCAUUCAAAAAGGUAGGUCUUAAUAUGAGACCUUACCAGUGUUCGGUCAGAUUCAGAACGGCUGGCCCUCCAACUGCUCUCCAGGCGUCUUUUCCGGCGUUUCAUCUCCCUCAGCUCCUCGGUGAACCAGGAAGCCAGGUGAGAUCGACGCCGGGUCAGAGGCCGCAAAGGCACGACCCGGUCCAAAGCUCCAGCGGCCGCCCUAUCCCAGGCAGCCACUAGGUCUUCAGUUGAGCCAUGUGCCAGAGCCUCAGGAAAUGGCCCAAGCUCCGUCUGGAACCUAUCCGGGUCCAUCAGGCGCCUGGGGCGGAACCACCUCAUCGGUUCCGCCUCCCUGUGGCGGGGUGUGGCGGUUCGAAGGUCAAAGCGAAGGAGGGAGUGAUCUGACUAUGACAAGGGCUCGAUCGCUAUAUCCCCUAUCUCGAGACCACUCAGCCACUGACCAGAGACAAAAACCAGGUCCAGCGUGUUUCCCCCGUGUGAGUAGGGCCAUGAACUAAUUGGGUCAGGUCCAUGGCCGUCAUGGAAGCCAUGAAGUCCUGAGCCACCUCAGACGCCUCACCGACGGAUGGCAGGUUGAAGUCCCCCAUGACCAUAAGUCUAGGGGUAUCAAUCGCCACCGCGGCUAUAACGUUGAGUAGCUCAGGCAAGGCCGCUGCCACGUGGCAGGGAGCCAGGUACGUAACCAGCAGGCCCAUCUGCACCCCAUGACCCCACUUCACAAGGAGGGACUCACAUCCGGCCGUCUGAGGAACAGUGGCCUCCCUCGGACUAAGACCCUCUUUAAUGAUAACUGCCACCCCCCCCGCCCCUUCCCUGUGACCUUGGCUGAUGAAAUGCCCGGAAACCGGGUGGGCACAUCUCUACCAGAGGGACUCCCCCCUCCUGGCCCAACCAGGUCUCCGUAAUACCCACCAGGUCCGCUCCCCCCUCCUGAACAAGAUCACAAAUGAGGGGGGCUUUAUUUACCACGGACCUGGCAUUGCAUAGCAUCAGCCGAAGGCCCAGGGCCUGAGAUAUUCUUAAAGUGCUAUGAUAGUUCUGAAAUUGUGUUAUGCCAAUAUAAUAUUUUUUAUUUCAGCUAGUAAAAGAUGCUAAUUUUUUAAAGAAACAAUUGACUUCCAAUUGAUUUUUGAAAACUCUUUUGAGCAGAAAUGGUGAUAAAAUUGAUUUCAUUGAGUCUCCUAAAAUUGCCACAUUUGGAAAUGAUUAAGAUCUCUAACACUUAUGCUUAGAAAUAUUGCAAAAGAUAAUGGUGCUUCUACUCAAAUUGCUCCACAAGAGUACCAGGCAAUCUUUGCUAUUAUAAGCUGAGACAGUAAA